CGUGUGCAUGGUAUACAAUACAUACACAUAUUCAUACACAAAUGUUUCUUAUAAUUUUAUAUCAAUUUUGAAUUCUAAUAGGUAAUUUAUAAUAUCUAAGAAGAAAAAACUUUAAAAAUCUGUAGAAGCCAAUAUGUAACUGAUCACCUUGCCUGAGACCACAGGAUUAGAGGACUUGACCUAGAGGGGCUACAGAGCAGUUGACCUGUCCUGCCUUGCCUGGACAUGAAGUGCUGUGCCCCUUCUCAACAGGCAGGAACAAGCAGUAGUGCACCUGCCCUCCUGUUCACCCAGAUGCUCUAUGGACAGAUCGCCCCUGCAUAUGAAGGCAGUUUACAGUCCUCUCAGGGCCUCCUGCUACUCAGGAUAGUGUUCUGGGAAAGAAUUCUGGGGUGAGGGACAUGAGCAGAGGGCAGCACUCAGGAGUCUUCCCAGAGAGGGGAGACAGGGCAGAUAGAAGGUGGUUUGCUCUGACUGUCCCUAUCGUAAGGAAAGAUGGAGAUAGCUGAGGAGGACAAAGGACAGUGGGCAGGCAGAAGGAAAAGAGCAUGGAGGGGUCCUGGGCACAGAGAAGGAGGAUCAGAAGGGAUAUGCUUCCAGAGUGGCAGGAGUUGUCAGUGGGAUGAUCUCCACCCUGAGCUGUCUACAUCUCCAAGUGUUGCAUGGGUGUCUAUGUCAUCACCUGCCCCCUCCCCCUAAUCCUGGUCAUGUAGAAGGCCCUGAUCAGUUUCAGGACGCUACACAGGAUCCCAGAUCCCCUGCCGUCUCAGGAUGACAGGACUGUUGUUGCUAUAAAUUUAGUAUGGCACACUGGGCUGCCCACCCUUCAUUUCAGGACAGCCCUGGGGAAAUGGGGUAAAAUAGGUACAGUGGCCUCCAAGACCUGGAAAAGAGCAAAGCCAGGACGCUUCUUAGGGCCCUGCCCUAGGUCACUAUGGGGUUUAUCUCCUGAGGGCAAGUCCCCUUUGUGAAGUCUCCAUAGGCCUGGCCUGCCAAAGCCCUGCUUGGGCUGUGCCUGGAGGCCUGGUCUGUCCUUGCUUUGCUCUUCAAGUUUUCUAAGUGUCCUGCCCUGCAGAAAAGACAGCACAGGGAACAGGCUGAGAUGGCUCUGAACCUCCUUCAGAAAGCUCAGACAGGAACCACCUACUCUAAGUUUGCACAGCUUGUCUCUCGAGUCAACAGCCUGUGACCAGGGAGAGCAUAGCACCUACCUCUCAUAGCCUCCAGCAGGAUCCUACUUAGGGUCUUGCUCCGUAGCAUCUUGCAACUAUAGGACCCCACUUCCUCAGGGACCCACUCCCAUAGAGCUCCAUUCCCAUAGACCUUGCUCCCGUGGGGCUCUACCCUAUAGGGCUCUGCUGUCAGAGAAUGAGACUCCAAAAGGCCCCGCCCCCUACUGUGCCUGCUUUCAUAAGAGCCCCACUCCCACCUUGUCCUUCUCCAUCCCCUCCCCUCCCCUCUGCAUGGAAGGUCCCUUUGAAAUACCCCCAGUACUUCUUACCUGGCCCUGGUGUUCCCAAGGCCCUUCCCUCUCCCUCUUACCAGCUCUGUGUUCUGAUAGUGAACAGGCAGUGCUUUUGCUACACUGGUUUUAGAACAUGGGGGCAGGUGGGGGGGCAGCUGUGGAGCUGCUUGGAGGCUAUCAGGCCUGAUCCAUGCGUAAAAAGCUGUGGAAACUAAAGGUAGCCAUGACCCCUGCCUAGAACAAGUUGUUCUUUGGCAUGAAGGUCAGAUAGAGUAGAGGUGGGCAGUUUCUGACACAUUUGUGGGGACACUUAGAGAAGGUGUUGGAGUCACAAGAUGGCCUCAGUUGGACCCAGCAGGCUUUCUUUUCCUUGACUGGGACCCAAGAAACCCUGGAAGGUGUUUAGGGUCUGAGGAGGGUCAACCCUGCCCUCCCUCCACGCCCACCUGGUCUGCCACACUCCCAGGGAGGAGCAUUGGCCAGGUGGGUCAUGAAAAGACAGAUUUCUGAGCAAGUUUCACCAAUAGUCACUCCUCAGUCAGGCGUUGUCUGUCCCUCUGGGGCCUGGUCACCGCUGGGAUGGACCCUUGGUGGGCUCUGUGGCUGAUCUUCACUCUUCCCCAAAUCCUGGAGGGCCAGACUCCAACCAAGCCUCAAGGCUUUCCCCAGAUGUCGAACUUUGAAAGUGACAAGUUUCAGGGGGAGUGGUUUGUCCUCGGUUUGGAAGGCACAGCCUACAACAGAGAGCACCGGGCCUUGCUGAAUCCCUACAUCACAUUGUUCGAGCUAAAAAACAACAGCCAUUUUCAGGUGACCAACUCCAUGACUCGGGGCAAGCGCUGUGACAUUUGGUCCUACACCCUGAUCCCAACAAGCAAACCUGGGCAGUUCACUGUGGAAAACAAAGGUGAGAGAUCUGAGACAGACAAAGAAGACAUUCAGGUGAUCGAGACCGACUAUAUCAAAUUCUCCCUGGUGCUAUCCAUCAGACAAACAAGCAGCCACACCAUCACCAGGGUCAGCCUUCUAGGUAGAAACUGGAGAAUUCCUCGUAAGAUGGUAGACAGAUUCAUCUGCUUGACCAGAACCCAAAACCUCACAAAGAAUAACUUUGUCUUCCCUGAUGUGACCGGUAAUGGAUUUUUGGGCAGUGGGUGAUGGGAAAACGGGGUGGGAUCUGGACACAAUGGUGGCACCUUCCCCAGUCUUCACAAGUCCCAUGGCUCCUCUCCAGGCAGGCACUGCAGGUCCUCAAGGGUAUUGUAGUCCCAGAGUCUGAACCCAGGUGCUUGUUCCCUGAGUUUAACCUGAGUCAGAAGUGAGGCGCUCAUGGCUUUUGAUCUGAGUCCCAGGCCACUUCCUCCCAACCCUGUGUCCCUAUCCUAGGCUACCCCGUCCCCACACUGGUUCUCCUAUCCUGGGAGGAUAGUUCCCUGUUCACAGGAGACUGGAGUUCAUCCAGGGAAGUUCGAGACUUUGGACAGCCUGUUUGCAGCAGGAAAGUCUCCAAGAGCCCAA